AUGGGCGUUAUCAAUGCAAAAUCAAAACUGGGACCAGAUUGUUUUUCGGACGAAUUUACUAUUCGACUGGGCCCGGUCAAACGUCGUCAAUGGCAACUUAAAGAAUUUCGAAAAGUCUUUCGAACAAUCAAAUAUCCUGGAACAGUCAAUGUUUGGGAUUGUUUUGCCCCUCGUGGAUUUGGUCAAAUUGUAUGUUUUUCACCAAAUUUAACAAGCAAAUUUUUAUGUGAACAAAUUUAUACAAAAGCACUUCGUCAUUGA